AUGGAAUUUGAUUGGUCAAAAUUGGACAAAGAAUUUGCACAUAAAGUUAAAGAUUUUCUCAAUCAACAGUUCCAAAAAAUUUCUCUUCCUUCUUUUUUAAAAAGUGUAAAUAUUGUUUCCUUUGAUUUUGGGACAAUUCCUCCAAUAGUUGAUAUUGAAAAUAUAGAAGAUCCAUAUCCACACUUUUAUGAGGAUAGUGAUCUAGGUCAAAAUGAAUCAGAUGAAGAGCUAAUAGAACACGAUGAAAAUUUGCAACAAAAUGAUAAAGACGAAAGGGAUAUAGAUGCUUUAGGUGAUGAUUUUGAAGUUGCAUCAACAUCCUCACAACCUCCUCCAUAUGCUGAAGCAGGGCUUCCUCAGUUUCAUAUGCACAAUGAGCUCACUGAUUUAUUGACACGUCAUUUUUCAAUGGCAUCUCAUAAGAUUGGAAGGUCAAAUGCGGCCUCUAGCUGUCCUCCUUUUUUCCAGUCAACAUUUUCUAGUUCCUUAGGAAAUAUUGUCUCUGCAUCAGGACUAUCAACACCUCAUUGGAUUAGUCCUCAUUUAUUAAAUACACAUUGUCAUACUUUACCUAAAAAUGAAGAACGAUUAAGCCCAUUUAAUCAAAAUAUAGACAUAGCACCGUCAAAUAUAUCUUCAACUUUGCCUCAUAUUAAAAAUAGCUUUACAGGAGAAAGUAAUAAAGAACCCAGAAAUAAAAACUCUAAUGAAGAUUUCCAAGUAAAACUACGAAUUACAUAUGAAGGUAAUAUAAAGAUAGAAAUCGCAGCGGAACUUCAUUUAAAUUAUCAUUCAUCUUUAUUUAUCGGUCUCCCUGUUAAGAUUACGUUGACAGGAUUAUCAUUCGAAGCUAUCGCUAUUUUAGCUUAUAUUAAUAAAUGUUUUCAUUUCUGUUUUAUUAAUGAAGAACAAAAGGAAAGGCUACUAAAAAAUAUCAAAAUCGAAUCAGAAAUAGGAGAUAAAAACAAACAAAUACUUAAAAAUGUUGGAAAAAUUGAAACAUUUCUAUUAGAACAAUUUAGGAAAAUUAUAGAAAGAGAAUUAGUAUUUCCAAGCUGGUUAACCAUUAUUACAUGA